CUCAACACAGCAUCACAGAAUCUCAAUCACAACACUGCAGCUAUCUGCAAGCGAGCUCUCUAGCUAAGACGUACUAACGCCGAGAAGAAGGAGAUGGCCGGUGCGGCGAAGGCGUCGUGGAUGGUGGCAAUGAGCGUCGGGGCGGUGGAGGCCCUCAAGGACCAGGCCGGCCUCUGCCGCUGGAACUACGCGCUGCGGUCCAUCCACCGGACCGCCAAGGCCAACGUGCCCAGCUUCUCGCAGGCCAAGAAGCUAGCCCCCGCGGCGGAAAGUAGGCGAGCGGACAAGGCCGAGGAGGGGAUGAGGACGGUCAUGUACCUCAGCUGCUGGGGACCCAAUUAGCCAUCGGUCCUCUCUGUUCCAGCUUGCAGCAACCGAGCUUGGCUUGAGACCAUGCCUGUUGCCCCCUGAUUGUAAUAUAUGAUGAUGAUGAUGAAAAGUUCUGCCACUUCAUUCAA